UUGAGAGGUCUCGAUUGGCUGAGUGUGAUCAGCUGAAGCGGCGCGUCAGUGCGCUCUUGAAGCAGCUACAACUCACAGCCACAGCAGCGAACGCUCUCCAAACCCGGUUAUACCUACAUAGACUGCUUUCCGAAGCUCACCGUACACAAUUUAAGCCAUUAGCUUUCAUUAAAACGGCGCUUUGAUUUAAUUUGCCUGAGGACGCUGGAUAUGGAGUUGGUUGGGUCUGUAUAACAGACGCGGACAAAGCGGAUCAGCUCGAGCCGAGAUGAGCGCGACUAUGAGCGGCUCUGGGUCAGCGCCCUGCCGCUUCGCACAUUACUUCGUUAUAUGCGGAAUAGACAACGAAACGGGUCUGGAGCCCGAUGCUUUGGCAGCUUUGUACCAAUGGCUAGAGGCCGAUCGUCAGGGCAGGGAUCCAGAGGCCGUGGCAGCAGGGGAAAACUUUGAUCAGAGCCCCCUCAAAAGGACCUUCAAAUCCAAAGUGCUUGCCCACUACCCAGAGAACAUCGAGUGCAACCCAUUUGACCAGGAUGCUGUCAACAUGCUCUGCAUGCCCAAAGGUCUGUCAUUCCGAACACAGCGUGACAGUCGUACCCCACAGUUCCACUCUUUCCUCAUCACAAGAGAAGACGGAUCCCGCACUUAUGGUUUCGUUCACACCUUCUACGAGGAGGUGACCAGCCCUCAGAUCUGCUCCGCCAUGCAGACGCUACUCCAGAUGCACCAAGCAGAGCAUAAUGCAUCUGCCCAUAACUGCCCGUCGUCGUCAUCCUCUUCCUCAUCGUCCUCAUCCUCCUCUAGUAUGGACUCUUUAGCCAGCAGCCUGGAUGAAGUUGAGUCUCCUUCCUCAACUUCCUCCUCACAAGGGGGCCGCAGGAGCUGUGGCUGCUCCGGCGAAGGCUACGAUUCUGUUCGUGACACUCUGUACGUGUCCAAAGCUAUGUGUUUAAUCACACCCAUGCCCUUCAUGCACGCCUGUAAACACUUCCUGUCCCAGGUGCACCGUGCUGUCAUCUCCCAUCAGCCACCCCCACUUCCUUUGGAAAGCUACAUCUACAACAUCCUCUAUGAAGUACCUUUGCCGCCGCCUGGACGCUCUUUGAAGUUCCACGGAGUGUAUGAACCUAUCCUGUGCCAGAGGCCUGGUGUUGGGGAGCUGCCGUUGGCUGAUUUCCCACUGAGUGAGGCCUUCCAGUUGUUGGGAGUGGAAAAUCUGGUGCAGAUUUUUACUUGUGUCCUACUAGAGAUGCAGAUCCUUCUCUACUCACAAGAUUACCAGAGGCUCAUGGUGGUUGCAGAGGGAAUCACAACGUUGCUGUUCCCGUUCCAGUGGCAGCAUGUGUAUGUGCCCAUCCUUCCUGCUUCACUUCUGCACUUCCUGGACGCCCCUGUGCCGUAUCUCAUGGGACUGCAGUCCAAAGAGGGCACGGACCGCUCCAAACUAGAGCUGCCUCAAGAGGCGAACCUGUGUUUUGUUGACAUCGACAGCCACUGCAUUGAGCUGCCUGAAGACUUCCCUCAGUUCCCCAACAAGACCGAAUUCAUCCAGGAACUCAGUGAGGUAUUGCUCAGUUUUGGUCUGUCUCCUGAGGGGGGCAGCGCCUCCCCAGAACCAGCUGUAAGCUCGCAGACCUCCAUGCUGGUGAAGGAGCUGAAGAGCACAUCCCUGAGUGAGCUGGUGGAUGACAGAAAGAAUGGCAACCUCGGUGGAGAGGCGCUGGACGUGCUGGAACUUCUUCAGGUCAACCCGACUCUGGAGCGUCUGCAGGCUCUGGCCAAAAGGACUGGGGUGAAAGUGGCCCGUCUGGAGGCAUUGGCAGCGGGGCAGAAAGCUGUAGGGGAGGAGGGCGUGGGAGGAAGGUCUCCUGCCGAGGAAGAGGAGCUGAGGAACGCUAAACUGAACGUGCAGCUGAGGGAGGUGUUCGCUGCACGCUUUGCGACAAUGUUCGCGGACUACGAGUCGUUUGUGAUUCAGAACUCACCAGAUUUGGAGUCCUGGCUGACCAAUAGAGAGCAAAUGCACAACUUUGACAAGGCCUCAUUCCUUUCCGACCAGCCGGAACCGUACUUGCCCUUCCUGUCCCAUUUCAUUGAAACACAAAUGUUUGCCACCUUCAUCGACAACAAGAUCAUGUCUCAGUGGGAGGAGAAAGAACCCCUCCUUCGAGUGUUUGACGGACGCAUUGAGAAGGCCCGUCUCUACAAUGUUCGCGCACCCAGCUUGCGCUCAUCUGUUUACCAGAAAUGCACCUUCCUCAAAGAGUCGGCCCAGGCCAUAGAGCAGCGGCUGAGAAAGAUCGACCACACAGCCAUCCAUCCUCACCUGCUGGAUAUGAAGAUUGGUCAAGGAAAAUACCAGCACGGCUUCUUCCCCAAACUACAGGCUGAUGUGCUUGCCUCAGGGCCCACCAACAACAAGUGGUCUAACCGCACAUGCUCGACUCAGCGCAGAGUGGACCGUCACAGACAGCAGAACGACCAUCUUGUGCUGGACAAUGACCUCAAAGAGGUGGAGGGGUGUUUGCUCCUGCAGAACUCUAUGGCUUUCUGGGAGUGGGAUAAGGCGCCACCCCCACCUAUUAAACCGCCUAAAAAGUCCUUCUCGGCCUGCUGUCUGAAGUACAUGCAGGAGGCCCGUAACCUGGGGAAGAACCUGAGACAACCCAAACUAUCAGACCUGUCCCCUGCGGUCAUCGCUCAGACCAACUGGAAAUUUGUGGAGGGUUUACUGAAAGAAUGCAAAAUGAAGACCAAGCGUAUGUUGGUGGAGAAAAUGGGCAGAGAGGCUGUUGAACUGGGACAUGGAGAGGCGAACAUCACCGGCCUGGAGGAGAACACACUCAUAGCUAGUCUGUGUGACCUGCUGGAGAGAAUAUGGAGCCACGGCCUACAGGUCAAACAGGGAAAGUCUGCGCUGUGGUCUCAUUUAUUGCACUACCAGACGAGAGAAGAGAAAAAUGAACAGCUGUUAGAGUCUCCAGUGUCCAAUGGCCAGGAAAAACGGAAGCCAGAGUCCAGUGUUGGUCUUCCUGCAUUACGUGUAUCAGUCAUACAGGAUAUGAGACACAUCCAGAGCAUGGGAGAGAUUAAAACCGAUGUAGGUCGAGCACGUGCUUGGAUCCGUCUGUCUCUGGAGAAAAAACUUCUUUCCCAGCAUCUCAAACAGCUGCUGUCUAACCAGGCCUUAACCAAGAAGCUGUACAAGCGUUACGCCUUCUUGCGCUGCGAAGAGGAAAAAGAGCAGUUUCUCUUUCAUCUCCUGAGCCUGAAUGCCGUGGACUACUUCUGCUUUACCAGCGUCUUCACCACUAUAAUGAUUCCAUACAGGGCCGUUAUCAUCCCCAUCAAGAAGCUUAGUAACGCAAUGACCACGUCCAACCCCUGGCUGUGUGUGUCCGGCGAGCUGGGCGACUCCGGCAUCCUGCAGAUCACGAAGAACAUUCUGGAAAUGACGUUUGAUUCUGCCUUUAGGCCUCACACGCACAUCUCCAUCGCAUUCAAGUGUCAGAACCUCGGGAAGUUGACAACAGUGCAGCUGGGUCAUGAUAAUUCUGGCUUGCUUGCCAAGUGGCUGGUGGAUUGCGUCAUGGUCCGCAAUGAGAUCACCGGCCACAUGUACAAGUUCCCGUGUGGCAGGUGGCUGGGGAAGGGUGUGGAUGAUGGCAGUCUUGAGCGAGUUCUGAUUGGUGAAUUUGUAGUUCCAUGCAACGAUGAUGAUGGAGGAAGAGGGUCUAAGACUCCGCCCCUUCAGCGAUCACCUUCCCAGAUCCGACGAAUCAGCAUCACAUCACUUACAGGACGUGGAAACAAACCAACAACUGUACAGAUACAGGAAUCCAUCGGUGAAGCAGUCAACAGUAUUAUAAAGCAUUUCCACAAACCAGAAAAAGAGAGGGGCAGUCUUACAGUCCUGCUGUGUGGAGAAGGUGGUCUUGUGUGGGCACUGGAGCAGUUCUUCCAUCAUGGAUUCCGCUCGGCUCGAAUCUUUCAGAAAAAUGUUUUUGUGUGGGACUUCUAUGAGAGAACAGUAGCAUUUAUGGAGAAUGCAGAUCAGAUUGGAGACCUGCAAGAAACACCAGAGCCUCUAGGUCUGAAUUGUGAAUCUUUCUGUCGAUACGUCAACGCCAUUAACAAUAUGCCACGCAACAUUGGCAAGGAUGGCAAGUUCCAGCUGCUAGUUUGUCUCGGGGCGAGAGACCGACUGUUGCCACAGUGGCUCCCUCUACUGACCGAAUGCCCCAUCAUCACACGCAUGUAUGAGGAGAACGCGUUACUGCGAGACAAACUCACCGUCAGCUCUCUCAUCGCAGUUCUGGAAACGCUCCAUGACUUCCCCAUCACACUGGAGAGCUCUCUAACUAAAAGCGUUGAGCUGUAACUCCACAUGCUAAGGUCAAAUUCAGACUGCUCCCCUUCUCUGCUGCCACCCUCAGGGCUCUACACCCAAAGCGGCUCUACAAGUACUCUGCCUUGUGCGUUCACUGACCAGGGAAGGACUGAGGACUUAUCGAAGCAUCUCAAACGACUGCUCCCCCAAAGAAAUGAACUCAGAAGUGUGUUUUGUAGCAGUAUUUGGAGUUGUGCUCUUUCUAAUUGAAAGCGUUGAUGGAUUUUUUUUUUGAGUAGACAAACUGUUUUCCUGUGGAUUUUGCUUUCAAACCUGUGGUCAUUUCCGCGCACAUCUGUCUGCGAGUCGAAUCCGCUAACGUUUCUGCUUCAGAUCAUGUGCAGUGCUUUAGAAAGCACUGUUUUUUGCAAAGUAUGUCAGGAUACAGAGGAGCCUUAGUACUGAUAGAUUACACAUUCAAUAACCAUCAUUUGACAGGCAAAACUAUUAUACUUGAGGAGUUCAGGCAUGAAGUGUUUAUAAUGACUUGAAUUUUAUGUUUGGGUGUUUUAACCGAUGCUAUCGGUGUUCUGAUUGGCUGUUAGUUUGGAAAAGAGAUUCUUGAUAUUGGAUAGUCUGAAAUUGAAGUUGUCAAUCUGAAACAUUCUCCUGGUUAAAAGCCUGUCAAAUGAAUUUUCAGAGAAAAAGGACAUUCCAACAAGAUGUGAAUCGUUGUAUGUUACAAGAUAUGUUUAUAUGCGUGAUAGGAAUGUGCGUGUGUGUGGCUUAACAUUUGGGAAGAUGUGUUUAUUUUGCCAAUGAGUAUUAACUUAAUUCUUAGAUACUUCAGCGUCAUGUUUGAAUUUUUUAUUUUUAAGAAAGAAACACUGGAAAUCAUCGUUAAGCAAUAACAAGCCUGUUUCGGAUCGUUUUUUUUUGUUAUUAAACUUAUAGUCACAGUUAAAAUCUCUCAAAUAUUAAUUAUUACAAUUGUGGGGUGCUUUAAAUAUAAAGUUGUAAACCCUAGUAUUUACCACUAAUUGAAGGUCUAAAUGCAGCAAUUACUUUGUAAAUCCAUGUUUGAUUACUGCAGUACUUGCACAUUGCUUAGAAAUGAAUAAGUAUUGUCCUUAAACCACCCUUUAUGCUUGUUCUUUUAUGCAUCAGUUUUAAUCCGGAAUCCCUGCUGAGAGAAAUCAAGUAGUAAUUACAUAUAAAUUACAAAUGCUAUAGGAUGAAUAACAGCUUUGAAUCUCUUCAUUUUACUUAGGUUUUGGUUUUUAAGACUCUCAGCAUUAAAUCUAAGAGCUGUGUAGCACGUCAACCUGUGUAUUUUCUUUCUUUCUUUUUAUAAUGACUCCUAUCAUUUGUAUGUAUUUAUUUUCGAAUGAUGCUUUUGUGACACUGGUUGAUUUUGGAUUGACGCAAUCUUGGGGUGAUUUAUGCAGUAUGCUGACACUGUAUCAUUUAUU